AAUAGACCAAAAAAAAAAAGGUAAAAUAAAACCAAAACAUUCCCGUAACUCUUCUGACAGAAAGUUAUGGGAAGAUGAUAUUGCUUUUUUAUUAAAGUAUGGGCAGGUUGUCUACCUUUUUCCCCCACAAGAGCUUCUGAGAACAUCAAAGAAGCAAAGGGGGGAAAAACAUUAUCUUAGAACAACAAUGGCUUCCAUUGCCAUGUCUGCUUCCUUACAAAGAGCUUGCAGUUCACAUCAUGUUACCAAGAAGCAACAUGCACAAACCAAACCAGCUUAUUCUCUAGGGACAAAGCAAGCUAUCGAUGCUGUCACCAUUGAUGUUGAAGGUCAGAAAGGCUUUAAAAUCGACGAAAAAGAUAAACCAUCUCCACAAAUUAAAAACUCAGAGGGUCUUGAAGAUAAGUCAGCGAACAAGUUCGAGAUUGAAUCCUCUGCUCGGAAGUUCAGUGACGAACGGUGGAAGAACGGGACAUGGGAUUUGAAUAUGUUUGUUAGAAAUGGUAGGAUGGAUUGGGAUAGUGUGAUUGUUGCAGAAGCAAAGAGGAGAAAAUACUUGGAGAUGUACCCAGAAACUUGUUCAAACCAAGAACCAGUCCAGUUUAGAAGCUCAAUCAUACCCUGGUGGGCAUGGUUCAUGAGAACUCAUCUUCCAGAGGCUGAAUUGCUCAAUGGUCGAGCUGCGAUGAUAGGGUUCUUCUCUGCAUAUGUCGUGGACGGUUUAACGGGGAUGGAUUUAAUCGGCCAAACAGGAAACUUCAUUUGCAAAACAGCAUUGUUUAUGACAGUGAUUGGUAUCGUUUUAUUGAGGAAAACCCGAGAUUUUGAUAACCUGAGGAAGCUUGCUGAUGAAGUUACUUACUACGAUAAACAAUGGCAAGCGUCCUGGAAAGAUGAAACUGCAAGUUCUUCAGACAAAACUGGAAACUCUUAAAAAGGUUUACAAAUAAUUUGGUUAAAUUUUUAUUUUGUGAUUGCCAAAUUUGAUAUGAUUUGCAGCCAGAGAUGCUUAUUUGUUAUAAAUGGGAAUUAUGGGAGUUUUAGUUUGGUUGCUUACAAUGUUGUAAAACAGCUUUUAUUUGGUUAAGUUUCUUUUUACGCAAUCAGUGUCUGCAUUGUGAUUUAAUCUUUGACUAAAGAGUCAAAUCUUUUUCUUAAUAGAAAUGUUAAUUGAAAUA